GAAGUGAAGCUAUCAAGAGCAAGCAAAAGCAAGCUUUGCAUUACAAAAGGUGAUCAUAGAUACUUAUUUUUUGUAAUUUCUUAUUGCUUGUAUGUAUGUAUAAAAUGUCUUCAUUUACUCAGCUCAGUCGUUUGAGUAAUUAUUUGAUAGGAGGCUACAAGACUGCCGUUCAUGGAAGAACAUUUAUUACUACACAAGUAUGUAACUACGCAAAAUCAGCAGAGCAAAAGCUCGGCAUUGAAAAACCAAAAAGGCCUCUGACCCCAUUUUUCAAGUUCAUGACGCAAAUGAGGCCGGCGCUCCUCGCCAAGAAUCCAGGCAUCACAUCCAAGGAGGCUAUAGCUUGGAGCUCCAAGCACUGGCAACAGCUAGAUGCAGAGACAAAGGCACAAAUGGCAAAAGAAUAUGAAAAAGAUUUAGAAGACUACAAGAAGAUCAAGGAAAUUUAUGAGUCUUCUUUGACAGAGGAACAGAAAGAAGACAUCAAGAGAGUCAAAGAAGAAAUGGCAGCAGCCAAAGAAAAAAGGAAACUUAAAGCUGAAUAUGCAGAAUUAGGCCGACCAAAGAAACCAAUGUCUUCGUAUUUCUUAUACAUCCAAACUAGAAAAGAUAUCUUCCAAGGUAAACACAUUAAGGAAUAUCAAAAGAAGAUGAGAGAAGACUGGUUGAGGCUACCAGAGAGUGAAAGAGUCAAAUUUGAGAAGCAAGCUCAGCAGCUCAUGGAGAAGUAUAGGAAAGAUAUUGAAGCAUGGGAACUUAAAAUGAUAUCAAUAGGACGAACAGAUCUAGUUAGGACAAAGCCCGUCCGAGUGAAGAAAACGGCCAACUCAAAGACUAAACAAUAGGGACUCGGGUGCUCUGACAAUUCAAUUGACUCUAAGUCUCAUGCUAACCUCAAACAUAUUGUACAAAGUAACAAUGAGGAACCCUCACUUAGCGUAGAUGAACAAUAUUUAAAACAAAAUGUUCCUAAUACUUCUGACACUUCAAGAGAAGAGUCAAAACGUCAGAGCACGGGUGACAACGCUCAGUCUGAGACUGAACAGAAAACUGGUCUCCAUAAUAAUAAAAACAUAAGUGAUGAAAAACUACAGAGUAAGACAAUCCUGAAUAGUAUUAAGAAUUUCUUUAAUUUUUAGAUUCAGUUGUUUAGAUUAAUUUGACGUCAUGUUAUUUUAAUGUAUUUAACACUGGCACCACACACUUGCCAAAUGAGAAUAGUAUUUUCAAUUCAAUUAACAAAAAACUUCACAAUAAAUGUAUUGUGUAACACAAUGUAAUAAGUGCUCUUUGAUUACAACUAUAAAGUCUGUAUUGGAAGAUACCACUUUUUUACUUGACCUUUGAAUUGCUGCAUGUUUUGGUUGAGCAAUGUUUGGUAAGUGUGUGGAUUGGCCUUUUAGUCAUUUAGUUUGCCAUCAGUAAAUAGUAAGUAGCAGAUUAUUUUUUAUUUACUCCCAUCAUAUUCUCCUUUUGUUCUGUAGUUUUAUAAUUAUGUACCAUUCACUAUAAACCUGCUUCUUUUAUUUCAUGAAAUACAUUACGGGAUGAAAAGUUAUUGAAAUUUCUUUAUUAGAAUUUAUCAGAAGAACAGAACCUUUGUAGAGAACAAAGGUACUAGGUAAUGAAUCUAGGGUAACCCUAGUUUCGUAAAAGGAUAAGAUAGUACUAUUGCGCCAUUUCUGUGAUGUUAACUUUAUACCAUUAUUUCCUUAGCAAAGAGUUCCCUAAAUUGGAAGGCUGAAAUCUACAGCUAUCAUUUCUCAUAGUUUACAGUAAAAAAUAACAAUUACAAAAAAAGUAAAAAAGCACUAGUGUACGAAGUAUGGAUGGUAGUAACUAUAAUAAUAAGAAACCUGUCUGCAUUUUUAUAUGUUACAGGUUUUCCAGGUGCAUAAACGAACAUCAAAGGAAACAAUAAACUUCAGUGUGUCCUUUUUUAUUUAAAUUGUUACAAAAUAUAAUUAAACCUUUCAUUUUUAA